ACUUUCAUUUAUCACAGUUCCAUCAUGAUUGCUCUAAUUUCUGCCGUGAUUUUUUGUUUCUUGACCUCAGCCUUGGCCCAGCAAGCUAAUUGCUCUACCGAAGGUCAGUUCACUGCUCCUGCUGGCUCCUAUGUAUUCUCGUGGUCAUUGCAAUCAAAUGGAAUGUAUGUUGACUGCAAUGUGUCUGUGAAUACAGCAGAUAACACAUGGGUUGCAGUUGGAUUCUCUGAAGAUCGAUUCAUGCCUGAUACUGAUGUCAUUAUUGGUGCUAAUGAUGGAACUGACGAAUUUGUAGAAGACAGGUGGAAUGGUCAAAGCCGGGUAGCUGGACCAUCACUUGAUCCUAUGCAGAAUAUUAUGGAUACUUCAUCAAUGAGGGAUGGUAAUAGGCUUACCAUAAGUUUUACCAGACCACUUGUCAGUCCUGAUACUAGUGGUAGAGAUGAAAAUCUUGAUGUAUGCCGUAAUGUUCUUUGGGCUUUUGGAGGUACAACCACUUUUGUGAAUGGCGAUGUAACUGCUCUUGGGGGCCAUUCUAAUAGAGGUGUCUUUCCAGGUCAGCUUUGCCUAUGCACAAUUGCAUCAACAACAGCAACAACAGCAACGCCAACAAUGACACCAACAGCAACAACAGUGACACGAUCAGCAACAGUGAUACCAUCAGCAACACCAGAAGAGACACCAGAAACUACAUCUAGUGCCGCCUCAGUUGCAAAUGUUGCAGUUCUUACUUUUAUAUUUAUCUUUAUUGCUACAAUUUUUUGAACUAUUAAACUAGAAUAGAUAAGAGUGUAGUGUCAUGUGAUUAUCCAUGAUUUUUGUUUGAUUUUAACAGUUCAUAUUUUGCUAAAUUUAAUGUUUUGUUUAAA